GAUUUGUCGAUUUAAUUAGAACGAAUUUUUCAUUUAUUCUUAAUAAAAAAUUCUGAUAAAUAAGUUAAAUGAUAAUUUAUUGCAAAAUAUUUACUUCUACUUGGUCAAGUCAUCACCAUGACUCUUGAUUCUCUGUACUUUAUAUAACUUUCGUACCAAGAUGGAAUGACAGAAAAGACUGUAAGAUUAUUACGUAAUUUUAUUUGCAAAAUGCUAAUUGAAUUAAGAAAAUUGUUACAGUAGAACAAGUGCAUGAACGACAUUCUGACUAUACAGUUCUCAGAACAACAAGCAAGAGACUUACAAAAAAAAAAAUUGACAUCAAUGGUGAUUAAAAUAAUUAUCAUUGGAGCUGGAGCUGGUGGUACAGCAGCAGCUGCACGACUCAGUAAAAAAGGAUUUAAAGUUAAAGUUUAUGAAAAAAAUUCUUAUAAUGGUGGAAGAUGUUCAUUGAUUAAUUACAAUGGUCAUCGGUUUGAUCAAGGACCAUCACUCUAUUUAAUGCCAAAAAUAUUUGAAGAAACAUUUCAAGAUUUAGAUGAAAAUAUACAUGAUCAUAUAGAAUUAUUAAAAUGUACAACAAAUUAUAAUUUGUAUUUUCAUGAUGGAGAAAAAAUUCAAUUAUCCACUGAUAUAUCUGAAUUAUUUAAAUGUGUAGAAAAAUAUGAAAAAAAUGGAGAAUUGGCAAUCAAUAAUUUAUUAAAAUUUUUAAAAGAAUCUCAUGUUCAUUAUAGAAGGGGUAUUAAACUUGCAUUGAAAACAGAUUUUCAACAUUGGUAUAAUUUAUUUAAUCCUAAACAUUUGCUAGAUCUUAUAGAGGUACAAUUUUGGGAUACAGUUUACAAUAGAAUUUGUAAAUAUUUUAAAAGUGAACACUUGCGAAAAGCUUUUACAUUUCAAACCAUGUACUUGGGAAUGUCACCACAUGAUGGAUUUGCUCCGUAUAAUUUAUUACAAUAUACAGAAUUGGCUGAGGGAAUAUGGUAUCCAAAAGGUGGAUUUAAUAAGGUACUACAAAGUCUUGAAAAUAUUGCAAAAAAGCAUGGAGCCGAGUUUAAUUACAACAGUGAUGUCAAGGAAAUAAUUAUCGAUGACGAUGGUGUUGCCAAAGGAAUAAAAUUACAAAAUGGUAAUAUAAUAAAUAGUGAUAUUGUCAUUUGCAAUGCUGAUCUUGUUUAUGCAUAUAAUAAAUUAUUGCCAAAUACACCAUAUGCUGAUGAACUUGGCAAACAAAAAUUGACAUCAUCAUCAAUAUCAUUCUACUGGUCAAUGAAAAAAAUAAUACCACAAUUAAACAUGCAUAAUAUAUUUGUAGCUGAAAAAUAUAAAGAAAGUUUUGAUCAAAUAUUUAAAGAUCAUAAAUUGCCAGAUGAGCCAUCAUUUUAUGUUAAUGUCCCAAGUCGUCUUGAUCCAACAGCAGCUCCAGAAGGCAAAGAUAGUAUUGUGAUUCUGGUACCAGUUGGUCAUUUAACAAAUAAUCCAAAUAUUAAUUUUGAUGAUGUAGUCAAUACAGCUAGACAACAAGUUAUUGAAAUAAUGGAAAAACGAUUAAAAAUAACAAAUCUACGAAGUCUCAUUGAACAUGAAAUUGUUAAUGAUCCUAGAACUUGGCAAAGUGAAUUUAAUUUGUGGAAAGGUUCAAUACUUGGAUUGUCACAUAUACCAUUUCAAAUGCUAUGGUUUAGACCUAGUUUAAAAUGUAAAAUAUUUGAUAAUUUAUAUUUCGUUGGUGCAUCAGCACAGCCUGGAACUGGUGUACCAUUAGUUUUAUGUGGUGCAAAAUUACUUGAAAAACAAUUAUGUGAUAGGUUUUAUCCGAGUAAAAAAAUUAUAAUUCAAAGAAACAAUUUAAUUAUGUUGUUGUUUAGUAUUGCUUUAAUUUUGUUAAUUCAAUUUUUAUUUAUUAUUUAAAAACAAUUAUAUUUUUAUUUUCAUAAUGUUACAUUCAUUAUUUAAUUGUAUAUGUAUAAAAAUAUAUAUGAAAUUAUAAACCUUUGUUUAAUAAUUGAAUUUUAUUUUUAUCAAAAGUCAAGCUAAUAAUUAAUCAUUUUUUUUUACUAAAUUUUUUGUUGUAACCGAAGACAUAAUAUACUCUGAUGUUGCAAAUGCUAUUAACAUUUGUCGAAUAAAGUUCCAGCUAAUACUAAACUUAUGUGGAAAUUGUUUUUCAUAUACAAUCAUCAUAUCACGAGCUUUAUCACAACACGUUGACGCCAAGACAAUUAUUGUAUUUGUUACAAAAAAAAAUAAUGCCUCUUCAAUGGGUAGUGCAUCAAUGACAAAUAUAUUUAAACUUGUUGCUUCGGUAAUAUGCCAAAUAUUAUCUUUCAAUCCAAUUUGAUCAACACGCCAUAAAUACAAAGUUGGAACAAUAAUACCAAUUAAUGAUGAUGAAAUUUUUUUAACAAAAAAAUUACCAGCACCAUACCACAUAAAAGCAAGUACUGGACAUGACCACCAUAAUAUACAUCCAAGAUAAAAUGUAUGUUGACCUGGUACAGCAAGUUUGUAUCCAAUGAUUGUGAUGAUGCCCAUCAAUAAUAUUGGUAUCCAUCUAAUUAGCUGAUAACUUUUUUUACUGUAAUUAAAAUUAAAACCAGGUGUUGUUAAUCUUGUACACAAUAAUGACCAGAGUAUGGUCAUGAUACACUGUAUAACAAAAAACAUAUAUUCUUCAAUUGGAACCCAGCCAAUAAGAGCCAACACUCUAUCAGGUGGAUAUGUCCAUGCUCCAUUAUAAAUAACAUAUGUAUCCCAUGGUGUUGUAUAUAUAACAGCAAUAAUACUAAUAAGUAUUAUUUUCAAUAGUUCCAAUUUAUCUAUUGAUCGACAUGUUAUUAAUGCCAAAAUAACAACAACUGGCAGAGUAUACGUCAAGUGAAUAUCCAAAUAGGUCAACAUUUAGAAGCUGAAAUAAAUUAAAAUAAUUUUAAAACAACACAUAAUAAGCUUAAAAUAAUAAUUUAAUUAAAAAACUCUUAUAAAACUAAAGGCUAACCUUAUUUUAGCUUGAGUUUAUUCACAGCAGCAGCUUGCUAAAAUAAUGCAGUUGCAAUGAACUAUAAUCUUACUUCUAACUGACUCAAAUCAGUAAUUUUUUUUUUUUUUUUUUCUUCAUAUAUUAUUAUCAUAUUUUGCUGACGUUUAUACGUUCUCAUUUAUCGUUGCAUAACUAUAAAAAUGUCAAUGAAUUUGAUGGAAGUACAUCAGGGGCUUCCUUACAUUUUUUUUUUAUAUAUUUUAUUAUAAAAAUUUUUUAUUUAACUUGUAAUUAAUCAACAAGGUAGAACUUAACAACAGAAAAAUUAAUAGACAAUAUUGUAGAUUUUUAUUAUCAUGCAAAAAGCAGUUGUAUUAUUUUGCAAAUUUAAAUUAUU